AUGGACGACGAGGUCUCUUACCCAGACGCGAAACGGCGACGGACCUCGCACUCACCAUCUCCCUCUCGCUCACUCUCCCGUACACCCGACCGGUCACGCAAAGAGACUACUCGAGAAGCCAAAGGCUACCACCGUUCUCGAACUUCCUCCAACUCGCCCUCACGCUCGCGCUCACGCUCCCCUCGUCGCAGCCACCGACGCAGCUCUUCUGGCUCAUCCCACUACGCUACACCGCGCCGCUCGCGCAGCAAACCCUGUUCCGAAUAUUCUUCGCGGUCUAUCUCACCCAUCCCUCGCUCAAAACGAUCCCUCCACUACCGCUCAUUCGCAACAAUACCCAAAGCGCACGCCCGCGGUAUCACCUGCGCGCGCUUCUCACCCGAUGGCGCCCUACUUGCAACCGCCUCCGCCGAUGCCACCAUCAAUAUCUACGCCGUGCCCGCCUCCUCUGUCCCAGCGGAUGCAGGCUCAGGACAAGAACAGGUAGAAUUCAAGCAUAUACGCACCUUGCGAGGGCAUCUUGCUGGAGUGAAUGCACUUGCCUGGUCGCAUGUCGGUAACCCAGGUUUAUCCUCGGGCAGCGCUGCGCACGCCAACAGCUAUACACUGGCCAGCGCCAGCGACGACAAGGACAUCAUGCUGUGGAGUCCACUGUCUAGCGAUGCACCAAUUGCGCCCUCACCGCUCACAGGCCAUAGCAACUAUGUGUACAGCUUGGCAUUCAGCCCAAAAGGCAAUAUGCUAGUGAGUGGCAGCUACGACGAGGCAUUAUUCUUGUGGGAUGUGCGUAGUGGCCGAUGCAUGCGUCAACUUCCCGCGCACAGUGACCCUGUCGGUGGCGUCGACUUUGUCUGCGAUGGCACCAUGGUCUGCAGCUGCAGCACCGACGGCCUCAUCCGCAUCUGGGACAGCGGCACGGGCCAGUGCCUGCGCACCCUCGUCGACGAAGACCGCAACGGUGUCACCAGCGUCAUGUUCUCCCCGAACGGCAAGUUCGUCCUGGCCUGGACCCUGGACGGCUGUGUGCGCCUGUGGAACUACGCCGAGGGUCGCUGCGUCAAGACCUACCAAGGUCACGUCAAUCGCGAGUUCAGUCUCGGCGGCGCCAUGGGCAGCUAUAUUUGGGGCGACGGCGAGGAAGCUGCCUUUGUCGCUAGCGGCAGCGAGGACGGCACCGUCGUCGUGUGGGACGUCAGCAGCAAGGAAGUGCUGUGGCGGGCCGAGAACGCCCAUAACAACGUCGUGCUCAGCGUUGAUUUCGUCAGGGUCGCCGAGCGCGGCCUGCUCGUCAGUGUGGGCAAGGAUCGCAACGUGCGCGUCUGGCUCGAGGACGUGGAUGAGAAGGCUUUGAGGCGGCGGCGUGAGCGCCUCACGGCCGCGGCGGCGGUCAAGCAGGAGCGGGCAGAGCAGGAGGAGAUGGCCGGCUAUGCGGUCGAUGAGGAUGAGGAUGUGGAUGCGCAGAUUAGGGAGCUCGAGGCUGCCGAGGGGGCUGGUGCUGGAGUUGGAGCAGGUGCGGAUCAUAUGGAGGUCGAUGGCGUGGUGCCCGGCGGGAAUGGUCCUCAUGAUGCUCAUGCUAUGCAGCUGGACGGUACCGCUUAG